ACUCGCCCGCUCUGGCUCCAAGCCUGCCGGGUCAGGUCUCCUCGCUUUUCAGAGUUUUCAGUUGUUUCUCUGGAAUGAGGAACCAGUUCAGGGAGAGAUGGAGGUGAAGAGGGCCUUAAAGGGACUAAUCCAGUCCCUUCGAAUGAUGAUGUAGAAGACCAAGAAAAGAAAAAGACUGGCCCAGGAUCACAGGAUAGUGACACCCUUGACCCAAGCACUUUCCACCAAAACAAUUGUGGGGAAAAUACAAGAACAUUCCCUUUCUUCCAACAGUGGAAAAGAUACUGCUAAGAGGGCUGCUGACUUGUGAAGGAUUUUUGAAGAGGGGAGGAGUGAAGAGGAAGGGGCUGUCACACAUCGGCACACACUCACAUACACAUACGUGCGCUCACAAUCUCACACAGACACCCAGUGGUCCCAGUUCCAGCCUUCGGUGCUCUCCGGACGGGCUGCCCUGGGGUUCUGGUUGUAGCCCUCCUGUCUGGCUGUCUCACUUCUCCUCUCCCUCCCAAAGCCCAGCUGCUGUCAUUUUGUGCCCUGCCAAGGAGGAGGGAACUGCAGUGACAGCAGGAGUGAGAGGCAGGACAGAGUCGUGGGGCCUGGAGAGGGAUGGAGAGAGAGACGCCAAGACCAGGUGACCAGGAGUCCCAGAGAGAGAGCUGAGAAGCAGGUUGAGGGGUGGUGAGAGCCUGGGGGAGAGGCAGGAAGAACCAAGGAGCAGAAAGAGAAGGUUUGUGGGUCACAGAGCCACUCAGCCAUGCUGGGAACAAAGCGACACUGGCCGCCAGGUCCCUCACUCAGCCUGGGGUUGCCUUUGGUCCUCACACUUCUGGCCUUGAGGGCCGGGUGGGCCCAGGAGGGGACAGAACCUGUCCUCCUGGAAGGCGAGUGCCUGGUGGUCUGUGAGCCCGGCAGAGCUGCUGCAGGAGGGCCAGGGGGAGCCGCCCUGGGAGAGGCGCCCCCUGGAAGAGUGGCAUUUGCUGCAGUCCGCAGCCACCACCACGAGCCAGCAGGGGAGAUCGGCAAUGGCACCAGUGGAGCCAUCUACUUCGACCAGGUCCUAGUGAACGAGGGAGGUGGCUUUGACCGCACCUCUGGCUCCUUCGUGGCCCCUGUACGGGGCGUCUACAGCUUCCGGUUCCAUGUGGUGAAGGUGUACAACCGCCAAACUGUCCAGGUGAGUCUGAUGCUGAACACAUGGCCUGUCGUCUCGGCCUUUGCCAACGAUCCAGAUGUGACCCGGGAGGCGGCCACCAGCUCUGUGCUACUGCCCCUGGACCCUGGAGACCGGGUAUCUCUGCGCCUGCGUCGAGGGAACCUGCUGGGUGGUUGGAAAUAUUCAAGCUUCUCUGGCUUCCUCAUUUUCCCACUCUGAGGACUCAAGCCUUUCAAGGAUGGAAACCUAGCCCCUGAUCUUUGCCCUCUGCCCUCUGCCCCAGAAGUAUUGUCUUUAAGGCAGGAGAGAGAUGCCCUCUGGCUGCAUUUUUAUUCCACUUGCUUGCAUGGGACCCUGUGCCCGACAUCCAAGGUGAAGAGUAGAGCUCUGGUGUCUCAGGACCUGCCCUUCUUACUCCACCCCCACAAUUGCACCCCCCCCCCCCCCAGCCUCCCACUGCAUCUCCUGCCUGCAGUCCUCAGAUCAGGGCAGGGUUUGGCAGCUAGGGAGACCUGUGCUACUUUGCAGACUCUGCUCUCUCUGUCCCCCCCCCCCCCAACCCUGCUUCCUGCUUGGUGCUAUUUGGGAACAGGUGGUUCAGGUGAGCCUGACAGGCCCCUGCAUGGGACCAGAUGGACCAGCCUCAGCAUACCCAGCAGGCUCCUUCCUGUGAGGAGUGCCAGCAUCACAGAGCUCAGCCAUUGCAGUCAGAAGCUGAGCCAGCACUGUGUGGGCCAGGGCAGGAGGGAGGUUCAGCCACUAGCAGAAGUGUAGGGAGGGCGGCAGGGCAGCCGAGAGCCCGUGACUGCAACAGGAAGGGGGCAUGCACCCAGGCUGAACACAGUACACACUUUUCGUGUACAGCGGGGCAGCCAGCAGACGGUGAACCCAGGCAUCUAUUUGUGGCAGAUCCCAAAUGGACUCUGGCCCUCACCUCUCCACCCAAGACAUGGGGUGUGUAUGUUUGCUUUGGCCGAGAGCAGGUAUACAGAGCUUCUUUUGGCAGCUGGAGAUAGAGGUAGGUCACACGCAGGCCGUGGUAGGUCUGCAGGCAUGGAACACAUCAGUGACUGUAGCUGCCUCCUAGAACUGCUCCACCUUUAUAGUCUGAAGUUCGAUCACUUCAGGCUCUGACCACCACCUCCCUCCUCCCAGCUCUCUCAUUGACCUUCACUGUACCUAUUUCACACAUCCCAUAACCUCUCUUCUUUCUCCUGAUUUAUGGCAUCUUAUCCUCCUUCUCAGACUUCCUGUUACCUUGGAUUCCAUGGUGCAUCCCUUCAACCACUCUCCUGCCAGUAUGAUAAACUUUGUCUCACCUCUCUGUCCCAUUGGCCCAGCAUGGAUGACUCUAUCAGUAAAGUAAUUAGAGAAUGAUGGUCAGUGAGAUCGUAUAGGAUCACUAAAGAGAGAAGAUGCUGUUACAGCUAGGUUCAGGGAUUACAGGAUACAAGGAGAUAUGUUGCAGAGACAAUAAAUGUAAAAUUGUAUGUUAAAGUCAAAUAAAAAAGGAUUUGGUAGUGCUUGAGUUAAAUAGGAAAUACCAAUGUGAAUUUGUGGUUUUCAAAAGAAAUUACUUUUUCAAACUUUAUCACUAAAGUAGCAUAAAACAACAUCAGGGAAAAAUCUGAUGUGCAUUCUUAGCACCUGGAUCUUUGCCUCAAAUAUUAUUCACCUUUAAAGGGAUUCAGGCUCCCUCAGAGAAUAGUUCCAUGCCAUGAACAACUCUAGGCCUCAAAUAUAUUGGUGAAGACAAAAAGCAAAGGUUUGUUUUUUUUUUAAUGUAUAGGGUAGAUCUAUGAAGGCAGAGGAGCAAAUUUUAAUAGGCUUCCACAAAUUGACUUUUGUGACAUUUGUGACAAUUUGAUCAUCAAAAGGAAAAUAAUAUAGUUAAUUGGAACAAGGUGAAUUUUUAAAAUCCACAACUCUGUUGUGAAUUUCAAAAAGAAAAAAAGCAACUAUACAAUGUACAAAAAUGUAGUUAAUAUACUGAGUUGAAGAACUAUGACCAUAAUAGGAUAUUUUUAGUUAAUUUUGAUAAGUAGAAGAAUAUAAAUAUAGCAGAUAUUAUAAGGCACAUUUAUUUUUCUUAUCUGCAUAAGUAGGGAUGGGUGGCUCAAGAGAGCUCGGAGUAAUUCCAGAAAAAAUUGGAACUGUACCAAAAAUGAAAGAGAUUGAUUGGCACCAUCUGGUCAUAUAUUACAACUAGGAAGGAAGAAAUUCCAGCAGUGUGUUACAUGAUGAUGAAUUAGUCAAACAUCCAAAGGAUAACUGCUCACUGCUCAAACAUGAUCCUUCAUUUCUUGGGAAAGAAAGCCUCUAUACUGCCCUAAUUAUAAUCAGAUUACAGUAACAAUAAAACCCAAAAUAAUACUGGCUUAAAUGAAAUGGUAGAUUAUUUCUGUCUCACAUAGAAGAAUCUGCAAAUAAAGAGUCCAGGAGUGGAUGGUAGUUUUAUGAGCAUCACAGCCCAGUUUCCUUUCUUAAUGUUCUACCACCUUUAGCAUUUCACCUUCUGACCCAAGGUGGCUCCUUGAGCUCCAGCCAUUACAUCAGCCUUACAGUCCCCAGGAAGGAGGAAGGAAGGACACACCCAUUUCCUUUCAAAGAAUCUUUCUGAGAGGUUCAUCCAACAAUUCUGAUUGCAUCUCAUUGGCUAGAAUUUUGUCAUAUAUGUCUACAUUGGGUACGGGUGGGAAGGCUAGAAAAUAAGUCCUUAUUCCAGGCAGCCAUGUCCAGCUAAAUGUCAGGAGUUAUGUAAUAAGAAAGAAGGGGAAAUUGGAUAUUGGGGAAAACAACAAUAUUGGGGUAGUUUGUAAAAAUGUGAAUUGAGCUAAAUAAAUUUAUAAAUGAUGUCAGUAAAGUUAUUGUAUUAGUUUUCUAUUGCCCUGUAACAACUACCACAAAGUUAGUGUCUUAACACAACUUUGACUUAUUAUCUCACAGUUUCUAUAGGUCAGAAGUCCAGCAAAGCAUGACUGGAUUCUCUGCUCGGGGUUUCAUUAGGUCAUGUAGGCAGGGCUGCCAUCUUUACUUAACUGAAAGAAUCCAUUCCCAAGCUCGUUUAGAAUUCAGUUCCUCAUAGUUGCAGGAUUAAGUUUCCUACCCAUCAAUCUUUGGGCCAACAAGGUCAGGCCAAGUACUUCUCACAGUACUUCUCUGACCUACCCUUAGGUUAUGUCUCUGACUUUAAAAAUUCUCUAAUUAUAAUGGCUCAUAUGAUUAGAUUGGGCCCACACAGAUAAUCCAGGAAAUCUCUCUAUUUUAAGACCUUUAACUUUAAUUACAUAGAAAAUGUCCCUUUACCGUUAAACGCAGGAGGUUUGGGUUUUGGGACAUUUGCAUAUUAUAAUCAUUAAAGAUGAAAUAAUUUAAAGAGAAAGUAUCCAGUCACAAUACACUAAUUCGUGGGAAAAGUGUGGACUUGAAAAGUUCCAGUAAUGUAUAACAUAAACACUGGCUCAUAUUUUCAUCAUCUUAGAAGUUCAAGUAGUUCCCAGGUCCCAACCAAGAAUUCAUAAUUAAUUAUAAUAAUUAAUAAUUUGAUUAACAAUUCAAAACAUCGUCUCACUGAGAUAAUAUUCUUCUAUUGGAUAUCUAAAUUCAAUAAUUGGUCUGAAUUGAGAUAAUGUCCUUCUCUUGGGUUUACAAACCCAUUUUUAUAACGAGUAUAAGUGUAAAAAAGUUUAUAAUCCUUAUAAGAUACAUGUGUUUUACCAAAAUGUUUGAAACAUGUAGAGAAGCUGACAUAUUAUAAUGAUGAUUCUACUGAAAUGUGUAGGAAGAUUUAAAUUUGUGAUCAAUGUUUAGAUAAUUUGAUUUGCAAAAUGUGUAGAUUUUGACUUGGUUAUAUAAAUAGUGUUUAAAUAUAUAGACAAUUUUUGCAUAAGUAGUUUUGUGAAGUAAAUAAAUUAGACAA